AUGGCUGCUGUUACAAAUAAUAUACCAAUAUCAAAUUCAGUUGUAACAUCUACUCGUUUCACUGAUGAAUAUGAUCUUAAAGAAGAACUUGGCAAAGGUGCAUUUUCAAUUGUAAGACGAUGUAUACAAAAAAGUUCUGGACAAGAAUUUGCUGCAAAAAUUAUUAAUACAAAAAAAUUAUCCACUCGAGAUCAUCAAAAACUCGAAAGAGAAGCUCGUAUUUGUCGACAAUUAAAACAUCCUAAUAUUGUUCGUCUUCAUGAUAGUAUUGCUGAAGAAGGUUUUCAUUAUUUAGUUUUCGAUCUAGUUACCGGUGGUGAACUAUUUGAAGAUAUUGUUGCUCGAGAAUUUUACAGUGAAGCAGAUGCCAGUCAUUGUAUUCAACAAAUACUUGAAGCUGUACGGCAUUGUCAUGAAAAUAAUAUUGUACAUAGAGAUUUAAAACCGGAAAAUCUUUUACUUGCUAGUAAAACAAAAGGUGCAGCUGUUAAGCUUGCCGAUUUUGGUCUUGCCAUUGAAGUCAAUGGUGAACAAACACAGUGGUAUGGUUUCGCUGGAACUCCUGGUUAUCUUAGUCCUGAAGUACUUAAAAAAGAACCCUAUGGUAAACCCGUCGAUAUAUGGGCAUGUGGUGUUAUUUUAUAUAUUCUCCUUGUCGGUUAUCCACCAUUUUGGGAUGAAGAUCAACAUCGUUUAUAUAAUCAAAUAAAAGCUGGCGCCUAUGAUUAUCCAUCACCUGAAUGGGAUACAGUAACAACUGAAGCCAAACGUUUAAUUGAUUCAAUGCUUAAUAUUAAUCCAAGUCGACGUAUUAGUGCAACUGAUGCUCUUAAACAUCCAUGGAUUUGUCAACGAGAACGCGUUGCUGGUACAAUUCAUCGACAAGAGACUGUUGAUUGUUUACGUAAAUUCAAUGCACGACGAAAAUUAAAGGGAGCUAUUUUAUCAACAAUGUUUGUCAAUCGUACAUUAAUACCUAAUGCAGGUAUAUUUGCAACGGGAACUGCUGGAAUACCAUCAACAACUAAUGGUAAAAAAUCAUCAACCGGUGUGGGAGCAAUUUUACCGGCUACAAGUCCGAUUAAAUCAGCUUCUGCUAGUGGAGGUAAUCGUUCUCGACCAACAACUCAAAGUGGUAAUAGUGGUAUUAAAGAAUCCGGCGAUAGUAAUAGUGCUACUAUCGAUGAUACCAAUGAUAUUGAACGGAUUGAUCGAUUAACUGAAAAGAAGACAACAUCAUCCGUACCUAAAGCAGAAAAAUUAAGUUUAGAAAUAACUAAAGUAACAGAACAAUUAUUACAAGCCAUUGCAAAUAGUGACUAUGAAAUGUAUAAAUCAUUAUGCGAUCCAAAAAUAACUUGUUUUGAACCUGAAACUAUAGGAAAUCUUGUUGAAGGUCUUGAUUUUCAUAAAUUUUAUUUUGAUACAGUCUUAUCGGUAAAAGCAAAUAAACCAACAAUUAAUUGUACAAUGUUAACACCAGUUGUACAUACAUUGGGAGAUGAAUCAGCUUGUAUAGCUUAUAUUUUACUUCUUCAAUAUAUUGAUCGAAAUGGUCAACCACAAAGUGUUCGAACAGAAGAAACUCGUGUAUGGCAUAAAAAAGAUACUCGCUGGCAAUGUGUUCAUUUUCAUCGUUCUGGUAUGCCAGUUGCUGCAGCGAUAAAAUCUUCAUUUUCAAGUACAUUAUUAUAA